AGAGGUAACUGGCCAGUGGAGGAGUGCGGGCCAGGAGAUGGUGAUUGAGGAGAAAGGGCCUUUCGUAAAGGAGUUCAGAAGGGCUCAGGCCUGUAGUACAGCAUGGGGUAGCCUGGAGAGCAGGGUCUCUCACUGGAACUUAAAGAUGGCCAACUCUGGCUAGCCAGCCAUCCCUAGAGGUCUGCGUGUCUCUUACUCCUUACCUCUGAGAUUACAAAUGUACCACUAUGCUCAGCUUUUUGUGUGGGUGCUGGAAUAUCACCUCAGUCCCCACCUUCACCUUAAGUGAAAGUCAGCCAUAAGGACUGAAUUUACUCUUAAAGAAACCAUGUCCUCUGGAGGUGCUGAAGAUGACAUCCCACAGGGAGAGCGGAAGACAGUUACAGAUUUCUGUUAUCUUUUGGAUAAAUCGAAGCAGCUGUUCAAUGGGUUAAGAGAUUUGCCGCAGUACGGACAGAAGCAGUGGCAGUCCUACUUUGGAAGAACUUUUGAUGUUUACACCAAACUCUGGAAAUUCCAGCAACAGCAUCGACAAGUCUUGGAUAAUCGGUACGGUUUGAAGCGGUGGCAAAUAGGGGAAAUUGCUUCCAAGAUUGGGCAGCUGUAUUACCACUAUUAUUUACGAACAUCUGAGACCAGCUAUCUGAAUGAGGCUUUCUCUUUCUACUCUGCGAUCAGACAGAGAUCAUACUACUCUCAAGUUAAUAAAGAGGACAGGCCUGAGUUGGUUGUUAAGAAACUCCGAUACUAUGCAAGAUUUAUAGUAGUUUGUCUUCUUCUUAACAAAAUGGAUGUAGUGAAAGAUCUGGUAAAGGAAUUGUCUGAUGAAAUUGAAGAUUAUACUCAUCGCUUUAAUACUGAAGAUCAAGUAGAGUGGAACCUGGUGCUUCAAGAGGUGGCAGCAUUUAUUGAGGCGGACCCUGUGAUGGUGUUAAAUGAUGAUAACACCAUUGUUAUCACAUCCAAUCGCCUCGCUGAAACAGGAGCUCCGUUGCUAGAGCAAGGCAUGAUUGUGGGACAGUUGUCUCUAGCUGAUGCACUCAUUAUUGGUAAUUGUAAUAAUCAGGUUAAAUUCAGUGAAUUAACUGUUGACAUGUUCCGGAUGUUGCAAGCCUUGGAGAGGGAGCCAAUGAAUUUAGCAUCCCAGAUGAAUAAACCAGGAAUCCAGGAAUCAGCUGACAAACCUGCCAGACGAGAAAACCCCCACAAGUAUCUGCUCUACAAACCAACCUUCAGCCAGCUGUAUACUUUCUUAGCAGCAUCUUUUAAGGAGCUGCCUGCCAAUAGUGUGCUUCUGAUUUACCUGUCAGCCACUGGCGUUUUCCCCACAGGUCGUUCUGAUGGUGAAGGUCCUUACGACUUUGGAGGUGUACUUACUAAUAGUAACCGGGACAUUAUAAAUGGAGAUGCAAUCCACAAACGAAAUCAGUCCCACAAGGAAAUGCACUGCCUUCAUCCUGGAGAUCUCUAUCCAUUCACAAGGAAACCCAUGUUCAUCAUUGUGGACUCCUCCAACAGUGUUGCCUAUAAGAAUUUCACAAACUUAUUUGGACAGCCACUCGUCUGCUUGCUUUCUCCCACGGCAUAUCCAAAAGCUUUGCAAGAUCAGUCUCAGCGAGGUAGCCUCUUCACUCUCUUUUUGAACAAUCCUCUAAUGGCCUUCCUAUUUGUGUCUGGAUUGUCAAGCAUGCGUAGAGGCCUGUGGGAAAAGUGUCAAGAAUAUCUUCGAAAAAUCAACCGUGAUAUUGCCCAGCUACUGACCCAUUCACGUUCCAUAGAUCAGGCCUUUCUCCAGUUUUUUGGAGAUGAGUUUCUUCGAUUGCUUCUCACAAGGUUUGUCUUCUGUUCAGCCACCAUGAGGAUGCACAAGGCCUUUCGGGAAACUCGAAAUUACCCAGAAUCCUACCCACAACUGCCACGGGAUGAAACUGUUGAGAAUCCUCACCUUCAGAAGCAUAUUUUAGAAUUGGCCUCCAUUCUGGAUGUUCGGAACAUCUUCUUUGAGAAUUCUAUGGACGACUAUUAAAACCCUCUUGUUUAACAGUUUUCAUCUUCCACAGGUUUUAAACGGUGCAGUUUUUAUGUAAUGACAGAGACCGUUACUCAGUUUUUUGUUUUUGUUUGGUUUGGUUUUUUGUGUAAAUUUAAGAACUACCAUUUUAAAGGCAAACUGAAAAAAAGUUCAAACUUUUAGGAUAACUUUUAAAAUAUAAUCUUUCAAGUCUUUUAAAGUCUCAAUCUUGAAAUUUUUAUUUUUUGGUUUUGAAAUUAGAUACUUACCUCCAACAUCUAAUCCUACAUUCAGAUAGGUACUAUUGCCUCCCUAAGAAGAAUAAAUUGUUUAUUUUUACAUAAUGAGAAUAAUCCAAAAGUUAAAUUUUCAAUUGGAAUUUUGAGGUUACAGAGCUUACUUAGAAUGUGAAUAUAUUAUCAUGAGAUUUGUUUGUAUAUUGUAUUUUCUUUGUGGUCUUGAAUGCUGAAAAUAUAAAGGAAAAUACUUCUAAGUAUUUCAGCCAAAAAAUCAAGCCGGUGGUUUCAUAAUCCUGCACUGUCUCCAGUAGGAUUUCUACAUAGACUAUUCAUUAGCAAUAUCAGGCUUUAAAUUGUAUCUUGAUGGAUUCAUUGGUAAACUCACUGCACAGUUUCUAAUUCUUUUUCAUAUUCGAGUUUCCAAGGCAUCAAUGUCAGAGAUACUGUCAAUGUGAAUUGAGGAUAACUAGUUUACUGGAAAGUAAAUUGUGAGUUGGUUUUACAUUUGACAAUUUGGAAGUAAGAUAUUAAAACUCCCUAUGUUUUGUUAUUCAUGCACAAGUUUUUAUUAUUAUUUUAAAUAGGACCCCUUAUAUGAAGGUUUUUGUGUGUUCUUCUCCAUCUCCUUCAUAAUCUCAUAAGUACUAGCUAUGAAGGUCCCUCCCAUCAUGGCUCCUUUGGACUGCGUGGCAUUUAACAUGCAGAAAUGCGUGACUCACAGGCCUUCUGCCUGUUUUCUGUAUAGGCUCAUUGUCUAACUCUGGUGGUUCCUAGAGAAACGGGCUAUCUAUUUCCAGUACCUCUUUCCUAUGCUCCUAAGGAAUUUUUUUUUCUUUUUUUUUUUUUUUUUCUCUCAAGGCAGGGUUUCUCUGUGUAGCUUUGGAGCCUGUUCUGGAUCUCACUCUGUAGCCCAGGUUAUCCUCAGAUUCACAGAGAUCCACCUGCCUCUGCCUCCCGAGUGCUGGGAUUAAAGGUGUACACCACUACUGUCCGGCCCUCUGUAAGGAAAUUUUGAUGUGUUGUUUUAACCUAAGUUACCUUUUCUCACCUAGAGCAACACUUGAGGGUAAGUUGUAGCCCUAUCUGCUCCAGUGCACUAACUUCAUGAAGUCUGUUAUGGUUGGGUCAGGGACUUAGGAUGUUUCAUUAUCUUUUAAAAUUGUUUGUUUGUUCUUUCAUUCUGUAUUGCUUAAAGCUUAGAAAAAAGUUACUCUGGAAAGAGCCUUUCCAGGUGGUGGUUUUUCAUUUUUAAAAAGCCUACUUCCCACCAGGUGGUGGCGGUGGCGGCGGCGGCGGCAGCAGAGGCGGUGGCGCACGCCUUUAAUCCCAGCACUGGGAAAGCAGAGUCAGGCACAUCUCUGUGAGUUUAAGUCCAGUCUGGUCUAUAGAGCAAGUUCCAGGACAGAGAAACCCUGUCUCAAAAAUAAAUAAAUAAAUAAACAAACAAACAAACAAACAAGAAAUAGCCUGUUUGCCUUUGUUUGCAAAACCAUAACAUAUCAUGGUUUUCCCUUCCCAACUCUUCUCCUGGACUGUAGAAAUAGAUGAUGAUUAGCUGUCGGGUCUCUUGUCCAGUUCCCUUAUGUGCUGUGUCAUUACUGUUCCCUGACAUUUAAAGUGGCUCUGUCCUGUGUUUAAUCCUUUUUUGCUAAGCAUGAGAACCACUGGUUUCAAAUCCAAGAAAUCUGAGUUCUAAUCUUGGCUUCUCUAGUAACUAGCAUGAUGCCCUUGACAAGUAGCUUCAUGUGUCUGCUUCUUAGCACUCCUCUGUAUAAAACAGAAUGACUCACCCAAGAUCCUAUUCCUGUCUGUCAUUCUACAGUUUGGAGCCUUGGUUCCAAAAAUGUUGAUUUCCUCCCUGUUGCUUCCAGAAAAGUUGAUUUGUAUGUUUUUAUAUCAUGUUUAAUAAGAUUGUUUUUUAAAAAAAAUCCUACAUCCUACUUAGUUGUUUUGACACUUGUUUAGAGAGACUGUCCUGGGCAUAUCAGACCUUCCGUGAUCAGAAAUAUAUGUGUCUUAGAGAUCAUAAAGUAAAUCUAGAUUAUAACACAGGCCCUUAAUGCAAUUCCUAACUGGUGGCUAAAGAUCUAAAGGGGACCAAAACUGAAGCUGUAGCUCAAUGGUAGAUCAUUAAGCUAACAUUCAGAAAUCCAGUGUUUGGUCUCCAUCACUAGGGGGGGAAAAUUCAAAAAGAAAGAAAAAAGUAGAAGCAAUUUUGAGAUGGGUGUGGUGAUGUGUGCCUAUAGUAGUACAUAGGAGGCUAAAGCAGGAGGAUUGCAAAGUCAGGGCUAAUCUAGACUGUAUAGCAAAAGUCCAUCUCAGAAAUAAUUGCUAAGAGAUCUUGAAUCUUUUGAGAGCAAAACUACAGUAGGAAAUUUGAAGCUUUUUUUUUAAUCUAUGCCUUUAAACAAACAAACAAAAAACAUGUAUUAUGUAGUUGUACAGCUGCUGUGCACCACAUUUUCUUAAUGACACUUGGAGUGCAAGAAACUUAAAAACCCUUGCCUUGAAGAUGAAGAUUGGCUUAGUAGUAGAACCUUGCCUAGCAUGCACACAGCCCUGGUUUCCAUUCCCAGUGCUUAAAGGUAGAGAGCUUCAGGAGUUCAAGGCCACCCUAGCAUACAGAGUGAGCUCUUGACCAACCUUGGCUGCAUCAGACACUGUCACAAAAACAGAUUGGCUUAUUUUAAGCCCUAUUUAAUUGUAGAUUUUAUUAAAAAAAAAAAAAAAAACCUUAAAUAUUGGAACGAAAAACAACAAAGCUGAGGAAGCAACAUUUUUGUACU